AUGCCCCUCUACGCAUCAGUAUACGUAUCACCACCAAUUCCCCUUCUCGGUCCCAAUGGCAAGCCAGGCGGUCUGUGGUCACCCAUAUCAUCUACUCUCCUCCACACAACCACCGAUGCAGUCCUGAUUGACACGCCCAUCACCAUCGCACAGAACAACGACCUCAUAGCCUGGAUCCGAGCCACGCUCCAUCUAGGCUGCAAGCUGACCUACGUCUACAUCACCCACGGCCACGGAGACCACUGGUUCGGCAUCAAUGCCCUCCUGCAAGCCUUUCCCGGCGUCCAAGUCUUAGCGACGAAAGGCACGAUCGCGCACAUGAGAGAUCAAGUCAGCGCCUCAACCUUUCAGACCGCGUGGGGGAGUCGUUUCCCAAGCCAGAUCGAUACGAACUUCUCCGUCAUCGAUAAAGUGCAGCCCCUUUCCUCAGAUGGAGAGUUCCACAUCCCGAACGAAACUGGAGGAAAGCACACGAUGUGCGCAGUAGAAACAGGCCACACCGACACGCACGACACCACCGUCCUCUUCUGCCCCGACCUCGCCCUCGUCGCAGCCGGAGACGCCGUCUACGGCGACGUCCACCAAAUGCUCGCUGAAGCCAACACUCCCGCACUUCGAGGGGAAUGGAUCAGUGCGAUUGAGAAGAUCCAAGCGCUGGAGCCGACGCCUAGGAUUGUUGUGCCGGGACAUAUGAAGGCCGAUGAGGUGCCGGGGGCGUGGCAUUUGGAGAGGAGUAAGCGGUAUAUUCAAGACUUUGAUGACUUGGUGAGGGGAGGGGAAUUUGGCGGGAGCGUGAAGGGGCUGGUGGGGAAGAUGAAGGAGAGGUGGCCGACUAGGUUCAAUGAUGCUGUUGUUGUGUUGAGUUCGAUGGUGGCUGUGCGGCAGUUAAAGGAGGCAGGAGGUGGGAAGGGUGGGAAGCUGUGA